AUCCCCGCUCUGCGGGCGCUCCGCUCCGACCUCGCCUCCCCGUACCCAGCAGCAUGGCCAGCACCGUCUCAGCCUACAAGGAGAAAAUGAAGGAGCUAUCUCUGCUCUCCCUCAUCUGCUCCUGUUUCCACACCCAGCCACAUCCCAACACCAUCUACCAGUAUGGAGAUAUGGAGGUGAAGCAGCUGGAUAAGAGGGCAUCGGGCCAGAGCUUCGAGGUGAUCCUGAAGUCUCCUUCAGAUUUGUCUCCUGAGAGCCCCAUCCUUUCCUCCCCCCCCAAGAAGAAGGACCUGUCCCUGGAGGAGCUGCAGAGGAGGCUGGAGGCUGCAGAGGAGAGGAGGAAGACCCAGGAGGCACAAGUGCUGAAGCAGCUGGCGGAGAAACGGGAGCACGAGCGGGAGGUGCUGCACAAAGCACUGGAGGAGAACAACAAUUUCAGCCGCCUGGCUGAGGAGAAGCUCAACUACAAGAUGGAGCUGAGCCGGGAGAUCCGCGAGGCGCACCUGGCUGCCCUGAGGGAGCGGCUGCGCGAGAAGGAGCUGCACGCAGCUGAAGUCCGCAGGAACAAGGAACAGCGGGAGGAGAUCUCUGGAUAAAGGGCUUUUCUACACAUCUAGCACCUGAUUCCUGUUAACAAACCGACCAACACGUUUUAUUUUGUUUGUCUAGAUGCAGCGUUUGGUUCUCCAUCCCC